AGUGGAAAAAUGUGUGAAAAUGCCAAUUGAUAAAAUUCAGUUUGUGACUUUUCUAUGUCUGUGUCUGUGCGCCUCUCUGCCAUGGAUAAGGGCAAGCGGGGAACGCGACCGAGCGCUGCUCCAUGGCAGCGACGAUGGCACCCUGCUCUUUGAGGCGGCCCCAGACCAGAACAUAACCUUCCGCCUCAUGGGCGAGGCAGCCACGCUGCUACUGAACGACGUGGACAUUGUAGCGGUAUUGGAGCGACGUCGGCGUGCGCAGGCAUCAGCGGCAAGACAGGAGCCCCUGUCUCUGGACGCGCUCAAGGAACAGUUCCGCAACGUGCAGCGGGAUCUGACGCGCUUGGGCAGAUGGCUGACCAAAACCCAGAAUAACACACGUCGAUCCGGGCCUACGCAGCGAGUGCUACGCCGCGACUUACAGCGUGUCCAGACAAUGGCGAACACCCUGACAACCCUCGAGAGCAAUCUGCUGAAGAAUGACUGCGAGUCAAAUCCAUGCAAGAACGGCGGCACCUGCUACGACGCCUACAAUGCCUUCUACUGCACCUGCGCUGACGGCUGGCAAGGUGCCACGUGCGAGGAUGAUGUGAACGAGUGCUUUAAGUUUGCCGGCACGGAUUUGGCUGUGUGCCAGAACGACGCGCAGUGCAUCAAUACGCCGGGCAGCUAUAGCUGCGUCUGCCGCAAUGGCUUCUCGGGAGCCCACUGCCGCCUGCGCCAACACGUCUGCCUGAGCGAUCAGUCGGCGGAGCUGUGCGGCAGCCAUGGCACCUGCCUGUCGGCCAACACUGCGGCUGGUUAUGUGUGCAUCUGCGAGCCGGGCUGGACCUGGGCGGAUACGAAUGUGAGCAGCGCCAGCGCCAGUCCCUGUACACGUGAUGUGAAUGAAUGUGCGCCAGACGUGAAUCCCUGCCAUGAUGUGUGCAUCAACUUGCCGGGCAGCUUUCGCUGCGGCGCCUGUCCGCCGGGCUACACAGGCGAUGGCCGGCACUGCCGAGAUCUUAACGAGUGCGAGGACGGCAACAAUGGGGGCUGCAGUCAGCGACCGUUGGUCAACUGCAUCAAUACGGAGGGCUCUUACCGAUGCGGCCGCUGUCCGCCGGGCUGGACGGGCGAUGGCCGAGUCUGCAGCGAGGCCAAGUCCAACUCGUGCAACGGCGAGUCCAUUUGCCAUCCACGUGCCGAGUGUGAGUAUAUUUCCGGCACAGUCGUAUGCAGCUGCCCGGCCGGAUUCUUUGGGCACGGCUAUGGCGCCGAUGGCUGCACCGAGGACUCCAGCCGGAGGCCCUGCGACGAUCAUCGCUGCCAGAACAAUGGCACGUGCGUACUCAGUGGGCGCGGCACCAGCUGCAUCUGCCAGCCGGGCUACACAGGCGCCCUCUGCGCCGAGGCCGAUGCCUGCCAUCCGAAUCCUUGCCAGAACAACGGCGUCUGCCAUCUACUGCCCGGCAAUAAGCAUCAAUGCGUCUGCCCCGCCGGCUUCACGGGCAGCAGUUGCUCCCACGUGCGCAGCUACUGUGGCAUCGUCCUGCGCGAGGAGGCGGGCAGCCUGCAGUUUCCUCCUAGCAGCAGUAGCAGCAGCAGCAGCAGCAGCGCAGCUGGCCCUGGCUAUCAGCCCAACGAGCGCUGCGCCUUCAUCAUACGCACUAGACCCGGCCUGGUGCUGAACGUGACCUUUGGCUUGUUCGAUCUGCAGCAGACGCCAGCUGACUGCAGCGCCGACUUUCUGCAGCUGCACGAUGGCAGCUCACUGACCGCCCGACAAAUCGGACGCUUCUGUGGCACUAAGCUGCCGUUGGGCGACGGCAGGGUGGUGACCACCCAGGAGCAGCUGUUCCUCUGGUUCCGCUCGGACAAUGAGACGCAGGCGCGAGGCUUUAAUCUCACCUGGCACUCACAGCCGUUCAUGUGCGGCGAGACCUUACGGCUGGCCCUGGGGGACAGCGGAGUCCUGCGCUCACCCAGCUAUCCGGGUAAAGCGCGCUCCGGUCUCGACUGCCGUUGGCUCCUGAGCGCACCAUAUGGCAAUCGGCUGAUCUUGCGCUUCUAUGAAAUCACAUUGGGCAACGGCCGGGACAACGGAGAGUGGACGACCAACUGCAGCAAUGGGGACUCACUUGGGGUCUGGGAGUCAGAUCGGCUGCUCCACAUGGCCUGCCAGUCGGAGCAGCCGGCGCCCCUGCACAGCUCGUCGAAUCAGCUGCGCAUUGUAUUUCACACGGAUAGAAAUCGCGCGGACAGCUUGUUCCAGCUGCACUACGAGGUGGUGCCGGGUCAUCCGGGCUGCGGUGGCGUCUUCAACGAGCCGACCGGCAUCGUCAGUGGUCAUAUGAAUGCCAAGCUCUGUUUGUAUCUCAUCGAACAGCCGUAUGGAACGCAGAUUGAGCUUACAUUCCUCCGGGUCAAACUAUUGCACGACUGCUCCCUCCAGCAGCUGGAGAUCUUUGACGGGCGGACAGACGAGGAGCCACUGUUGCGGCGCUACUGUGGAGAGCCAGAAGACAGUGAACUGCUGCCGGUGACGUCUAAGAGCAAUGUUAUCCUACUGCGCUACGAGUACGCUUUGGCGGGCCUUGAGUUGACCAAAAGCUUUGAGCUGCGCUACAAGAGAGUUUGCAGUGGCGUGUAUUUUGAUACAGAUGUGGCAGGCGGUGUUAUAGCUACACCCAACUAUCCGAAUAACUAUUUGGAGCAACUCGACUGCACUUACCACAUACGUGGGCAGACGGGCUACCUCUUGCGUCUUAAUAUCACGGAUCUAUCGCUUAGCGAAUCACAAGACGAGGAUCAGUUCAGUUAUCUAGAUGUCUAUCUGUCCCGGAAUGAGAGUGCGAAGCAACGUUUUGUAAAAAAUCUGACCAACCUCCUGAUAGUCUCAGAGGACAACCAAGCUCGCCUGGUCUUUCACGGUGCCAGCAAUCCGCAACGAGCUCGAGGCCUUCGCUUUCAAUAUUCCUUUAUUCCAACAGCAUGUGGUGGAGUAAUGAUAAGGGAAGUUCCUGAGACCUAUCAAGGAGACGACUACUGCCAGUGGAUUAUUGAGGAGCCAGGGCAAAAACAUCUUAUGAUUUCUCUGCAAAGCUUUUUCAACCAAAUUGUGAACGUUCAUAUAUAUGAUAAUAGCACAGGCUCGGAAGGCAGACUCUUAAACAGUUACAAUCUCCACGUAUCAAACUCACAAAGUAUUGAUGAAUACUUUAACUCGAAUCUGGUAACAGUGAAUGUUGCAGGUGUAUCAUCUACCUUGUACUUUCUCUACAUCAGAUAUGAGAUGGCCAGCCAAGAUUGUGUUAUCAACUCGACAGCUCGCUUCGGAACCAUUCAAUCCCCGAACUGGCCUUUAAAGUAUGCCUCUAACUCAUACUGCACUUGGCUAAUCAAGGCACCGCUCGGGCAACGCAUUGAGCUGAUGGUCCACAACUUUACGUUGGAAUCCACGGCAGAAAGGUGCGCCGAUGACUAUCUGGAGAUAAGAAAUGGCGAUCAAAGUACGUCUCCGUUAAUCGGUCUCUACUGUGGCAACCGGAUUCCGCCGCGUAUACCUUCCUUUGGCAAUGCGUUGUGGGUGCGCUUUUGCUCGGACUCCUUUGUGGAGGAGGCCGGCUUCCGCAUCACUUGGCAGCACAUGGCCACGGGCUGUGGCGGCAAACUCAACUCGCCGACGGGUGCCAUCCACUCGCCCCACAGCAUAGAGGGCAACCGCGGAGCGCUGGCCUGCGACUGGCAGAUCACUGUGGCUCAGGGCUCCACUGUGCAGCUGACUCUGCAGAGCCGGGACCCAGGUCUAUGCAAUGGUCAGUUGGCUAUUUUCGAUGGGCCCAACAUCCGUAGCAAGCCUAUGUCCUGGAACUGCAGCAGUGAGGGUCAACGGCUGCUAUUGAGCUCCAGCAGCAAUCACGUCCUGGUGCGCUAUAACGUGGAAAAGGAGUCGCCGGAGGGCGUUGACUUUGUCUUGGACUACUCAACGAACUGUCGGGUGCGACUGGAGGAACUGCAAGGCGCCAUCGAAACACCCAAUUUUCCGGACAAGUAUCCGGCCAACGCGAACUGUGAGUGGGACAUACGGGCCGGGGCUAGAAGCAAUCACAUCCAGUUGGCAUUCUCCCACUUGGCCGUCGAGCAACUGGGUCCAAGCAGCUGUGAUUUCGACUAUGUGCUGCUGGGCGACUACCGCGAAGAACAGCUGAUCAGCGAGCGACGCCUGUGCCACGCCAAGGACUUUGACUUCACUAGCGUGGGCAACCGAGUCCUGCUUAGGUUCAGCAGCGACAACUCAAUGGAGGCGCAGGGCUUUCGUGCUGAGUAUAAGCGUCUAGGCUGCGGCGAUGCGCUUCAGGGAACGGCCGGCUCCUUCGAAACGCCCAAUGCACCCUAUAGCGUAGAUGUGGACUGCGAGUGGGUGAUCACUGUGCCCGAGGGCAAUCAAAUUCGUCUGCUCCUCAGGGAGGUGCACAUUGAGACGUCGCAGCGCGAUUGCAGCGAGGACAAUCUGUCCGUUCUCUCCGACAGCGAUUCAUCCCACCUCCUCUACAGCACCUGCCACGUGGAGUCCACCGUCCAGACGCUCAUUUCGCCAGCCAACGAGAUGCGAGUGCGCUUCCAUAGCGGACCCCAACGCACCCGCAAAUACAUGAAAGCCAGCUAUGUCAUGUUCAAAGCUGCCUGCGGCGGCUAUGUGAGCGCAUCCAAUGGGAUUAUAACCUCACCCGGCUUCUAUGAGCCGGGCAACGACAUCUACGACAAGGACUUGGAAUGCGUGUGGAGUAUUGAGGUAGCCGAUUCCUAUGGCUUCUUAUUGAUGUUUGACACCUUCAACUUGACCGGUACGCCCGAUUGUAGAGUUGCCAGUUUGGAACUGUCGCACUUGAGCGACGACAAUAGGAGCGAACAGCUGAUCAAGCGGGUCUGUGGCGAAACGUUUCCCAGCAUAAAGCUGGUUCAAAAUCAUUUGCGAUUGCGCCUCAAGGUAACCGAAGGUUUUUGGGCCAGAUUCUCGAUGCGCUUCGAGCAGGUUUGCGGCGGAGCGCGGACAGACAGCGAGGGCUAUCUGCGAUCGCGUCUGGAUGAGAUAUGUUACUGGAACAUUUCGGCGCCAGAGGGCACCAAGGUCACUCUCAACAUCCACCAACUAGAGUGCCAGCGCUGCGCCGCAUCGGCUGGCAACUGCACGACAGGUCUGCGCCUACUGAAUGCCCUAGACGAGGUGGUCUACUACGAUCUCUGUGAGGAGCAUCCGAUGCAGCUUUUGCUGCCAACCAACAGUCUGAUGAUCCAGACGAGUGGCGUAGCCCUUGUGGCGUACUACUCAACCGUAGAGAGUUCCUGCGGCGGCAAUAUUACGUCUGUACGUGGCACCCUCACCUCACCCGGCUAUCCGAACAGCUAUCCGGCGAAUGUGGAGUGCGUCUGGCAACUUGAAACGCGUGAGGGCAAUGCCGUAGAGCUGAGAUUCGAGGCAAUGGACAUUGUCAAAUCGGAGCAUUGCAAUACGGACUUCCUGGAGCUGCGAGCCGGUCUCAAGGGUCCUCUGAUUGGCCUUUACUGCGACAACGAGCUGCCCGCCGAGCCGCUUUUAGUCAACUCCACGCUGUGGAUCAAGUUUCGCAGUCAGGCGGCCAGCACCGCCAGUGGCUUUAAGCUGCGCUGGAGCUAUGUACAUGACAACGAAUUGACGGAAGGCACUAAUGGCACCAUUGAAUCGCCCUCAAAGGUCUCCAUACAAAGUGACGAUCAACCCUACAGCUGGCGCAUCAUUGCAGAUCGCGAGCGUGUGGUUACUUUGAGUUUCAGGGAAUACAACACCGGGCUCCUGCUAUUCGAUGGCUAUGAUGACACAGCGCUGCCUGUUAGCAUACCGGCCUCGCCCUGGCAGUUCACGUCGAGCAGCAAUGUGAUCUACCUGAAGACUGUAAAUAAGGACUUCGAUCAUUUCCGGGUGCAGUGGCGCGUACUUCGCAGCGAGGAGGUCAAGUCAAAUAUGACUUUGAAGAGUGAAGUGUGCAAUAGGGUAUAUACUUUGGAUAAUGGGAUGGUUAGACUCAAUUCGCCCGGUUAUCCCGGCUACAAGCCGAACCUGAACUGUGAGUGGACCUUCGUGCCAAAGGACCCAUCGAAGCACGCGUACGUGGAUAUCUUUGAAGCUAGGCUGGAGGUCACAAUUGAAUGCCAAAUGGAUUACCUGAGCGUACAGACCUCGAGCAAUAUGAUCGACUGGCCGGAACAGUUGCGCAUCUGCAAUAGCAGCGCGUAUGAUGGAAAACGGAUAAGCCGUGUGCACGGCACUCCGAAUCUCAGGCUACAAUUCGUCACAGACGCCACGAUUAAUGGCACCGGCUUCAGGUCCAUUGUGAACACAGAAUGCGGCUCCAACAUGACCGGACCCGUGGGCACCAUCCUGAAUUCGUAUGCGCAAAGGCUUCAGAGCUUCAAUGAACUCGGCUGUGAGUGGCACAUUGAAGUGCGUCGAGGUCGAGUGAUUGAGAUCACGAUUGAAUACAAUGAAACUGCACGGAAUACCAGCUGCUCGCACUACGGUAUUAUCUACGAUGGCCUGGACGCGUACGCCCAACCACUGGCGCCGGGCAAGUUCUGCAACCAGUUGGGCUAUAAUACGGUGCGCAGCUACCGGACCAGCGGACAGCAUGCGUACAUUCGAUACGUUUAUCCCUCGACAAAACUCAACUUCCAGCCGGUGCAGAGCAGCUGGAAUCUGACGUAUCGCGAGUUCAGUGAAUGUGAUGCAGAGGUUCGUCUCACCCACCUGGCAAGCAGCUAUAACAUCAGCUCUCCCGGCUACCCCUAUUAUCCGCAUCCGCACUCCGACUGUACCUGGGUGGUUGUCGCACCGCCUGGUGAGACCAUUGCAGCCACUUUCGUUGACCGCUUCGCCCUGAGCCAGCGCAAUUGUGACAAGGAGUUCGUUGAGCUCUACGAUGGCAGCACAACUCUGGCUCGCCGACUGCUACGCACCUGCCGAAGUACAGGCACCAUAUACAGCUCCAGCAAUCUCCUGCUGGUGCACUAUCAGACGCAGCUGAACGAACCACACGGUGGCUUCCGGCUGAACGUUUCUCUUAGCAGGUGCGGCGGGCAGUUCACCGCACGGAGCGGCAUCAUCCAGUCGGAGCACUAUCCCGCACUAGGCGGUUAUCCGAAGCCAGCGGUCUGCGAGUACAGCAUCCUGUCAACGGCGAAUACACACAUUCAAUUGAACUUUACUGAUCUCCAUUUGCCCUUCGCGGCGUCAUCAGAUGCUGAGGCGCUCGAUCGCAUUGAAAUUCUGGAUACAAACGAUGAGCGGGGCAUCAUCAUGACACUAUUUGGCAAUAGGAGCGCUCCCAUGCCAAUUACCUUGACCACAAAUCAGGUGGUACUGCGCUUUGUCACGAAGCAGCUGGAUAACAAGUAUCGGGGCUUCAAGCUGGAAUAUCAAUCUCUAUUUGGGUCCUGCCAUCGGACAGUGAACGCAGCGAGUGGAGAACUGGAACUGAAGAAGUCUGAGCCCACCAAGUACUUACGGUUUUGCACAUGGCGUAUUACGGUGCCUAAGGGUCAACGGGUACGUCUCGAGCUAUUCAAUCUGGAUGCAUUCAGGUCCUUGAAUUCAACUUCCCAACUGAUUUUUAGGACCUCGUUUAGGUUUUACAACGAUCCCAUCUUGUUGUCCAGGAUAACAGCGUUUAUUCCACAAAAUUACAGCUGGGAUGGCGUUGUUAGCUCCACAGACAAUUUCAUGCUAGUUCGCAUCAUGAUCUCGGCUCAGCCGGUUACACUACGUGCGCGCUUCACCUCGACUGAAGCCUCGCCAUGUCCGGACGACAUUGGCAGCCGGCCAAGUGGAACAAUAUCCAACGAAGGUCUGGAGCAUCUGCCCACGUAUUACUGCACGAUUAACUUUGUCAGCAGUCCCGGUGUAACGACUAGCUUUACAGUGCUGGAGUAUCGCAGUAGAAGCCAGCGGCAAAGUGUUCUCCUGAAUGAUGAUGUCGUUUACAAGAAGAUGAGCUUGAUCACAGCGAAUGCCACCUAUUCGCUGGCCACCACAGCCGGCCACUUGACGCUGAUGAGGCAGACGAACAGCGAUAGUACACAUUUCCGGGCCACUUACCGUCGUUACGCAUGCGGUGGACACGUGGAGUUGGCUGAGGGCACCGUCAUUGAACUACCCCAACUGGUUGAGCACUUUGGGCAGCUGGAGUGCGCGUGGACACUGAUUAAACCCAUCGGAUUCGAGGUGAACGGCAACUUGAGCCUCAGCGAUAGCUGUGAUCGCGAAUAUCUGAUGAUAUCUGAUCAGAAAGUCUGCGGUAGUGCAUCGAAACUGAACACCACACUGUUGAAUUCGCUAGAGAUCAGGCUUCUCUACCAUGCGACGGAGUAUCGUGCCGAAAGCACUCCGUUCCGACUGCAGACCAGCAAGCCCGAGUCCCUUGGAGGCUGGGGAAAUAUAAUAAUCGUCGGGCGACAGCCAACACCGCCUAUCAAAAUAGACGCCCAGAACUAUAGAAACAACAUUGAGCUCAGCUGGGAGUUCCGAGCACUGGGAAAGCUGUCACUGCAGCUGGAAUUUCAAGGAAGAUUUUUCAUUGAAAUGUCGCCCAACUGCAGUCACGAUAGCCUGGAGGUGCUUCAAUUCCAGCAAGGCAUGUGGCAGCCCCUGGCCAAGUACUGCGGCCGCCAGAUGCCCGAUCCGCUCUUUAUUUCGGCCAGCAGAAUGCGAGUUGUUUUUCGCACCGACGAUCAGAUCACAGCCGACGGCUUCACCUUUGUCGUCUCGCCCAGCUGUGACACUAAGCUGGUAGCCAGCACAGAGCUGCAAACGCUGAUCUUCCUAAGGCUGGCCCGCCUGGCGGACAGGGAGUGCAGCAUUGAGAUUACCACAGAUACCAAGCAUCAGCUGCUGGUCAGUGUGGCUAGCAGAUCCAGAACGCGCCUCUCCUCACAACUCUGUCGCCUAGCUGGCUUUAUGGCCUAUCGGCUAGAUGGCGAGCACGAGGAGGAGCAGUCGCUGGGCAGGCAAUGCCCCACUUUCGAGGUGACCGGCUACAAGAGAAUACGCAUUGUGUACACGCCCCAGCUGAUGACAAGUAUCACCUGGGAGCUACAGUAUCAGCUGCUCGAAUGUGGCGGCGAUUACCGGGCGCCCUUUACGCUGCGUCCGCCAGUCGGCAUCGCGAACGGGAGGAGCUGUGAGUGGCAUGUGAUGGCGCCACCACAGCACGCGAUUCUCAUGCGUUUCAAGUACUUCGACAUUGAUAGCAGCCAACUCUGCCAACUGGGCCAUCUGAGCAUCUAUCGGGGUAAUGCGGUGAGUGAAGAGCAGCGUCUCGACCGCCUCUGCGGCAAUCUAACCAGUCCCAGCAUUAUGGUGGACAGCAACCAGGCAACCAUUGUGUACAAAUUGUCUGAAUACCAAGAGCAAAGCGGCAGGGGCUUCUUGGCAAGCGUUCACUUCACCCCCGAUUGCAAUGAGCGCCUGGCGUUAAGCGAGGGUAACACACGGAUGAGUCUGGUGCGGCACUACCAACUGAAUGCUACCAAUAGCACCGAAGACCUGCAGUGCUUCUUCCGGGCCAGUGCAGCGCCCGGCUACCGGCUUUCAGUGUGGCUCAAGCAGUUGCAGCUGAACGCGAAUCGCUGCCAAAGGGAGAGCUGCAACACGCUGGAGGUGAUCGACGGCUUUGAUAGGGGCAGCACCAGCAUGGGCAUCUACUCUGCCGUCGACGGCAAUGGCACCAAGCUCUUCAGCUCGACCCCGGAUUUGCUGAUUAAGCUGAGUGGAACUGUGGCUCAACCGAAUGGAAUUGGCUUCGAGCUAAUUCUGCAAAUGGAGGCCACUGUCUGCGGUCAGUUGCAGUACAAUCUGCUCGGGAAUGAGGUGAUGAAUAUUCGCAUGAGCAACGUGAACCAAACCAGCUUGGGAGGCAGCAUCCACUGCAUAUGGGACUUCAAGGCGAAUGCUCCGUUUGAGCUUCACCUAAAAUCAGUUCAGCUCCAGGAUGUCGCCCAGUCGACAGGCAAAUGCAUCGAUUACCUGCUCCUUUCUAUGCAAAGUGACGGGAAUCAGUAUUUUUGCGGCCAGUUUCGUAAUACUGUUGUGGAUAUUGCCAAUGGAACCAGGUUCAAACUGAUAUUCCACAGCAGCAGACAAGGAGUAGUGGACUUAAUUGAUAUUUCACUUCAGCAAAAAGCGAAUUGCAAUCGCACUUACAACGCCCUAAGCGGCAUGAUUUAUUAUUAUACGAAUAAUAAAUUGGAGAUAGGCAAUUGCACGAACUAUAUACGAGUACCAGAUAAGUAUUUCUUGACAUUCGAAAUAAUGUACAUCACACUUGAUCUAGGAUCAAACACCUCCUCCUUCAAUUUGACGGAUCUUCAGACAAAUCGUGUCAUCUAUAAUGUCACACACGGUGAAUAUGGUACAUUCUUAUCCGUUCGUAGCACAGCAAAUGCCAUUCGUCUGUCGGGUUCGGGCGUAAGGUUCUUACAGCUGGCAUAUUACUCAACCAAUAACAAGUCUCCCCCGGGCUGUGGAGGUGAGCUUAAUGGGGUAGAAGGUACAAUCUCGAAUCCGGACUACGAUAAUCGGAACUAUUCGGACUGCAGCUGGCGUAUAUCUGCGCCAGGGGGUAAAACGCUACAAUUUAGUUUCAGAAUGUUUGAUAUGGGCUCCCAUUCCAACUGUCAACUGGAUAAUAUAAAGGUUUACGAAGUCUUGCCCGACUUUAGCGAGAAGCUGCAUUACACUUUCUGUGGCCAAGAGGAGCCGGAAGCAUUCUUGGUGAAGUUCAAUCAAAUUAGAAUCGUGGCCAAAAAAUCACCCAACUUUAAUGGAAUCGGAUUUCGAUUGUACUUCUUCAACAUGGUAGAGUAGCUCCUUUCGAGCUACGUUCAACAUUAUUAUAAAAUACACAUCUAUAUGUAUUUGAUUUCAACUUAAAUAAGGAAAUAGUCUAUAUCCAAAUACAAAUACCAUAAUAGUAAUCCCUUAUAAUCUUAA